AUGCCUCCCAAGAAGAAAGCGGGAGUCUCGAAGACCGACAUCAAACCGGAACCGAUCCUAGAUGAGAAGCCACCUGCUGAUUCUUCAGGCUAUGCACUGACAGGGAAUAUUGAAGUUGACUUACCGGAGUAUUUGAGAGCGCUUGGCGUAACUCAUCCACCAGUUGUUUACUCUUUCAAAACAAAUCUUGCGGAAAAUGAAGAAAUCGAGUCCCACCAGGAAGCCCCUAUGCACCUGCCACGAGUAAACGUUCUCUUUAAAGAAGAGCCAGAAGGAAAAACAACGGUGCAAAACAUAACUUCUGUUCAUUUCCGAAACUUUCAUAUCCGAGAUAUUGAGGCCAAGGUUAUAAGUCAAUGUCUGACAAAGCUUGACAAACUCGAAUCUGUAUAUUUUUUCCGAAGUCGACUGUGUGGUGAUAUCUUCAAUCUCAUAGCACUACCAUCCUCUGUCAAAACUGUGCAGAUCUACGGUAACCCAAAUCCUGGAGAUCUCUGGUUAGCUGCACUUAGAAAAGGCAUACCACAUCUUGGAUUCCAGGGAAAUUCUUUAAGAAGUGCUGACCUUAUUCCCAUGGCAAAUGAACUACGUCUCAACACAUCACUGAUAACUCUCAAGCUGAAUAACAAUCCUCAGAUGGGCGAUGAAAUUUUUCAUUACAUCUUCCGCUCAUUGAUUCAAAACAAGAAACUUGUUUCUAUUUCGGCGAGCAACUGUGGCCUAACAGACACUUGUAUCGAGCACAUCCGCGUAGCCUUUGCAAAAAUGGUCGAAAUGAUUCCGUCAGAAAUAUAUGAAUGGCGGAAAAAACGGAUGGCACUUGUUUUCACUUCUGAUUCUCAGCUUCGUCUGGUCCCUAACAAGAGAAAAGACGAUAAAGCGAAAUCUACGCCGCCUCCUAGAAAAACUCGAGGAAAUAAAGAUGCCCCGGACAAAAAGCGGAAGAGUCAAACCUGGGCGACAUCUAGCUCCACAGACACAUCCAAGCCUCCACCAAAAGCCGCUCCUAAAACGGUGACAAUUCCAGAUGAUACAGGUAUCAAGCGUGAGGACAAAAUUAUGCUCCAACCUGGCAAUAGACACCUUUGUCACUUGAACUUGAGCGCUAACCACCUCACCGUUUUCGGUAUUCUGCGUCUUGCUGAAAUCCUGGAAGAACAACUUGAACGAACAACAGAUGCCAUAGCUCUUCGACAAGUCAAUCUCGCGCUUAACCAGAAGAGCUGGAAAUUUUUUGAAGAUACAGAAGCUUUUCAAGCUACGCAACAGUUCAUCGAAAUUGUGAGAAAACUCGAAAAGACCAAAUGGGCAGAGUGUCUUCAGAAUCAUGGGCUGACGAUUCCUCCACUAACGCCCGCUGCGCCGAUUACUCCCGCGCCUACCCAAUCUAAAAAAUGA